AUGUCGUUACCGCCUCAACAGUUACUGCCUGCACAUUUGCUCCCCGACCGUGAGAUUCACGUGGUCAUUUCCAUUCUUUCCGGUCGUCACAAAGCAAAAGAAUACUACGAAGAAUCGAUCAAGCCGUUACUCGACAGCCAUGAGAUCGUCUACUUCACACACGAAACCAAAUCGACCAAGACAAUCAUCGAGUUAACGGAGAAGCUUUUCAUUGUGAACGCGCGACAAGGUGUCAAGCAAACAAUCAUUUUGCUGUCAGGAGAUGGUGGCAUUGUUGAUAUCGUCAACACGUUCACAACCCUGCUGAAUCGGCGGAAUGAUGACUUUCGAGCCCCUUCAAUAUUCCUCAAGCCUGCCAUUGUUCUGAUACCCCAGGGAACGGCGAAUGCUUUGGCAUGGAGUUCUGGCGUUGCUCAAGACCCUCUGAAGACACUGAUGCAAGGAAGGCCGAAGUCAUUGCCCUCGUUCAAGGUUUGUUUCAGUCGCGGCGCAGAGCUAGUCGUUAAUGAGGGCAAAGACCGGGAGCUCAUAGCCGACGAGGAUGAGAAUGGGCUGAUCAUGUAUGGUGCAGUGGUGGCCAGUUGGGGGCUUCAUGCAAGUCUGGUGGCAAUGAGCGAUACGACAGAAUAUCGCAAGCAUGGUCUCGCACGGUUCCAAAUGGCUGCAGAACAGCUAUUGAAAGACACCCACCAGUACAGAGGGAAGGUCAAAUGGCGGAAAUCAGACGGCGAAUGGAAAGACCUGCCUGGAAUGCAGCACUCUUACAUCCUAGCUACCAUGGUGUCCAACCUGGAGGAGCAUUUCCAGAUCUCACCUGCCACGAAACCACUCGACGGGAGCCUGCGACUCGUUGCUAUUGGUGCCGAACCCGCCACUGAAAUCAUGCGAAUAUUGCAUCUAGCCUAUCAAUCUGGAAAGCACGUCACAGACCCGAAGGUUACAUAUGAAGAUAUCGAGGCAUUGAGAAUAGAGUUCGACGAGGAAGACGAACAUUGGAGGAUGGUUUGCGUUGAUGGGAAGAUCGUCGUAGCGAACCAAGGCGGCUGGAUUGAAGUUACAAGAAUCCCAGCUACGGGUAUAGACGCGAGGAGAGUCGUCGAAUUGGUGUGCUAG